AUGGCAAACCUCGCCAAGGGGCCAAUCUACUUUGGUCCCUUCCUAGUGACCUCACAGGUCUUCUAUCUAACCCCCUUAACCUUCGCCCUCGUCAACCUCAAACCCAUUAUCCCAGGCCACGUCCUCGUUUCCCCACGGCGCAUUGUCCCACGCGUCUCCGACCUGACACCCGACGAAACCACCGAUCUGUUUCUGACAGUCCGCAAAGUAGGACGCAUGAUUGAGCGCGUAUACGGCGCAACGAGUCUCAACAUCGCCGUCCAAGACGGGGUAGAUGCGGGCCAGAGCGUACCGCAUGUUCAUACCCAUAUUAUACCCCGAAAAAAGGCGGAUUUGGAUCAUAAGGGGGGAACGGAUGCCAUUUAUGGGAUGUUGGAUGGUGAGGAAGGCGAUUUGGGCAGGAUACAGAGGGAGUUGCAGGAGAAUUCGAAGGUGACGAUAUUGACCGAAGGAGGAGCAGGAGGGAAGAGGAGGUCGGGGUUUCCGGCUGUCGAUAAUGAAAAUAGGACGCCGAGGAGUCAGGAGGAUAUGGAGAGAGAGGCGGUUAUGUUGGCGGCCGAGAUGGAGAUGGAAGGGGAUGAUUGA